AUGAUUGAUCAUAAAGAACUUAUAUCUCGGCUUGCUAAAGAGCGUUCAUCGAGGAAGCAAUUAGAAGAUAUCAUACAAUAUCAAAAACGCCAGCUAGAAGAGAAGGAGCAAACUAUUGCUCAACUACGUCUCAUGCGAUGGAGCAUUUCUUCUAGCAUAGAGGAUCAUCGUAAAUCAUCUAAUCAUCUCAACAAUCAAGAUCGUUCAUCAAACAGUCCCGCCCUAGACAGUCCCUUGCUUGUAGAGAAGUCCCUCGAAACAUUACAUAUCUAUGACCAUGAAUUAGAACCGGUAUCCUCACCUAUUUCAUCAACAGUGCAUCUACACGAAGAUGCAGCUACGAGCAAUUAUAUGCAAAACAGUGAAAAUGAAAAUGAGAGAAGAAUAGAAAAAGAAAAUGCCAUGUCUUUCUUUAAGAAAAAUGAAUCCAGUUCUGUAGAAUCACAAUCUGAUGAAAGUUUGCUUGAGAAGUCCUUUUCUCGCCGCAAAAAAACCAAGCGUUCAUUAACCCCCCCAAGAUUCUGGGAUCAGACUUUUCCAGAUUUUUAA